AUGUUUUCACUACGUUGAUGUAUUUCUAGUCAGUAGACACAUAAUGAUAAUCUGAUCAGUGAUCGGUGACCUACUUUCCUCUCGAUGUUUUCGGAAUCUUGCUCGAUUGAUCUGGCCUAGUUGAGGACGCUAGCAUAAUGCUAACAGGCGGCUAAAGAGUUUGUUCUCGUCAACAACGAGCAAUUUUCGACCAAAAAGAGGAGCCGUGUUCUUGCCAUGUCGUGGCUAUUUCUGCCGAACCGUGUUUGUGCCAAUUGUGCCCUGUUUGCAGUGCGUGAGUCCCAUUUGCUGUCGCUUCGAGCCGGAGCGAGAGUUAAACCGCGGCUCUCAGAGAAGCGGAGGGUUUUCGAACAACAGAGACGAUACGUCGGGGGGUCGCACACUGCCUCUAAACACCGGUCCCGGUCCGGGGUGUGGGUGUGCGGGCUCGGCGUGGGUCUGGCUGUAGCCGUCGGCCUGAAGCACCGAACUGACACCACCGGUUCGUGUGACGCAGAUGCUGAAGUAGAGGGGACGGCUCGAUACAGCGCUGCCAUCAGAGUUAGCAGAGAGCUCGUGGAGCGGAUAAAGGUAGGCGCAGAGGCUGAGGUGGGGGCUCCGGGUGUAGUGGUCGGAGUCUCUGUGGAUGGGGUUCAGGUGUGGUGUGAAGGGCUGGGCUAUGCUGAUUUGGAGAACCGGGUGCCCUGCAGUCCUCAGACUGUGAUGCGUAUCGCCAGCAUCAGUAAACCCCUCACAGCUGCAGCUGCUGCCCGACUGUGUGAGGAAGGGAAGCUGGAGCUUGAUGUGCCGGUCCAGCAGUACGUCCCAGAAUUUCCCCAGAAGCAAUUUGAUGGACGGGCUGUCACUAUAACCCCCCGGAUGAUUCUGUCUCAUCUAAGUGGUAUACGCCAUUAUGAGAAGGAUGCAAAUAGGGUGAAGGAGGACAAGGAGAAGGCGAAGCGACUUUUAAAGCCACCUGUAACAAAGAAAGAGAAUGACAAAAGCACUUGUGAAGACAAUCACAAAACCACAACGGAACAAAACACCAAAGCCAAAGAAGCUCCUAAGGCUCAGAAGAAAAAAGAGUUUGAGCAGGAGGAGUAUUACUUGAAAGACAACUUUGAAAGUGUCACUCAGGCCUUAGACCUCUUCAAGGACGAUCCACUCAUUUUUGAACCUGGCACCACUUUUUUGUACUCCACCCACGCCUUCACGCUGCUAAGUGCUGCUAUGGAGCGGGCCGCUGGCCGUCGCUUCCUGGAUGUCAUGAUGAACAUGUUCCGUGAAAUCGGCAUGUUGGACACGGUUCCUGAUGAGAACGAGCCUAUUGUUUACCACCGCUCCAGAUUUUACCAUCUUAACAAAAGAGGACGCGUUGUGAACUGCCCAUAUGUAGAUAACUCCUACAAGUGGGCAGGAGGCGGCUUCCUGUCCACCGCCGGUGACCUGCUGCUCUUCGGAAACGCGCUGCUCUAUAGCUACCAGGUUGCUCACAUUAAGGACACGGAGAGCUUCCUGCCUGGCUUCCUCAAACCCCAAACUGUCAUAGAUUUGUGGGCACCUGUUGAUGGAACAGACCCUGGCUGGGAUAAAGAUGGAGCGUAUGCCCAGGGCUGGUUGGUGGUGGAAAAACUGCAGAAAUAUGGUGAAUGCAGGAAGCGCAGACACUACGUGUCGCACACAGGAGGUGCUGUGGGGGCUAGCAGCGUCCUGCUGGUGUUACCUUGCGAGGAGAUGUGCCCGAGCCGAGGACAAGCCCCCGUCCUCCCACAGGGGGUGGUGGUCACCAUUAUCACUAACAUGCAGUCUGUGGGACUCAACAACACAGCGCUGAAAAUUGCGCAGGCAUUUGACAAAGCCCGAAGCCUGUGAGAGUAAGUUGUUUACAAAAAGGUGGGUUUACAUUGUACUGAAAAGUAAUUUCAGACACAACUGAUGCUGUUGUGUAGUGUUCAUGCUGCUUUAUAUAUGUAGGAAACCUUUUUUUAAACACGCGUUUUACAAAUGUUUUGUGAAUUCUGGAAAAUAUUCCAACGAGGGCCUUUCUGCCACUAGGUGGAAGCAAAUAAUCACAUUUGUUUAAUACAUUAAAAAAAACAUCCCAUUGACCUAAAUUGAUUUAGUGGUUUUAUAUGUAGAAGUAUAUGUAACAAAGCAAUACAUAAAAUAUGGUUCCUUUUUUUUAAAAAGCAGCUUUUUAGACUACUUGAAUGUCAUGUGGAAUUUGAGUGUUUAGUCUCCAUUGAUUUUGGAAGUACUAGUUUUUCUAUUGCAGUUAGAUACUACUCUGUUCACAAGCGUCCUGGCGCUCCAGUGCAGUAGUGAGCCUUACAAACGAUUAGCUGUGUCGUCCUUUCUUAAGCUGACUGAAUUGAAGCUGAUUUGAUGUCACUAUUCUCAUUAAAAAAACUCCUGGGA